UGUGUUUUGAUGGUGUGUUUUGAGUAUAUGUGCUGUGUUUUGAUGGUGUGUUUAAUGGUGUGUUUUGAGCGGAUGUGCUGUGUUUUGCAGGUGAUCAGUAAUGCUCUUGGAGUUUGGGGUUUGGAGAUCAUUCUGUUUAACAGCAGAGAGUACCAGCAGUUACGGAUCGAUUCCAUACAUGAGAAGGCCUUUAUAUGUAACUAUAAGGAGCACUGGUUUACGGUGCGUAAGCUGGGACAGCAGUGGUUUAAUCUGAACUCGCUGCUGACCGGACCGGAGCUCAUAUCAGACACAUACUUGGCUCUUUUCUUAGCGCAGCUACAGCAGGAAGGUUAUUCCAUAUUUGUAAUCCGGGGAAGCCUGCCGGAGUGUGAAGCCGAUCAGAUUUUGCGGAUCAUGCGAGUGGAGCAACAACAGCGGCCGAAGCUGAUCGGAGAGGACGAGGCCCAGAGGAUGUCAGUGCAGCAGACGUCAGACCCCGGACACACCACAGAUGAAGUGCUGCUGGAUGAGGAGGAGCUGAGGAAGGCUCUGUCUCUCAGCAGACAGGGCAUGGAGGUGGAGGAUGAGGAGGCCGACCUGCGCAGAGCCAUUCAGCUCAGCAUGCAGGGUGAGAAACACAGAUCUCUGCCUCGGUGACAUACGU